GUAAAUUUUCCCCCGCCUUUUGACUGCAGGCMGUUUGACCAGAGCUGCGGCUCAGUGUGCGCAAAACUGUGCGUAAAACUGUGCGCGCAGGUGCAGCUCCGGCAGUCUUCACGCUGAAAUCACGCCUUCAUUUUCACUCGUGAGUCGUGUUUGGACCUGAAAGGAGAGGGGUUAAACCUCCUCAGUCUCAUCAUAAGGACAAGACAUGAGCGGUGUCACAGAUUGGGUGGAGGAAGACGAAGCUCAGGAGGAGGAGGAGGAGGCGCGGUCCUCCCCCGCCUGGUCGGAGGAGCAGUGCGAGGAGCUGUGGGAUCGCAUCGAGGGCGUACGGCACAAGCUCACCCGCAUCCUCAACCCGGCCAAAUUCACGCCCUACCUGCGACAGUGCAAGGUCAUCGACGAGCAGGAUGAGGACGAAGUGCUCAACUCGUCGCAGUACCCCAUGCGCAUCAGCAAGGCCGGUCGUCUGCUGGACAUUCUCCGAGCUCAGGGCCAGCGGGGUUAUCAGGCCUUCAUAGAGUCUCUGGAGUUUUACCAUCCAGACCAGUACAUCCAGCUAACUGGGAAACAGCCAACGCAGAGAUGCUCCCUCAUCCUGGACGAGGAGGGUCCGGAGGGUCUGACCCAGUUUCUGUUACUGGAGGUGCGUAAACUGAGGGAGCAGCUCCGAAACAGCCGGCUGUGUGAGCGCCGGCUGUCUCAGCGCUGCCGGAUGGCCGAGGAGGAACGCAGCCGAGCCGAACGGAAAGCCGAGGAGUUACGUCAUGACAAACUGCUGCUUGAAAGGCUGCGUCAGGACUGGGAGUCGGCCAGCCGGGAGCUGGGGAAGAUGAAGGACCAACACCUGGAGCAGGCUGUGAAGUACUCCAGGGCCUUGGAGGAACAAAGCAAAGCCUCUACCCGAGWGAAGGAACUCCUGAGGCAGGUAGAAGAGCUGAAGUCCAGGCUGACAGAGGCGGAUAAACAAACUGACCCACUUGAGAUUUUCAGAACCACCAGUUUGCACACAAAUGGAACGAGCAGAUCUCUGCCUGCUUUACCAGAGAAACCGCUGCAGCAAAGCAAAGUUCAGAAAACAGAAAAAACUCCAAUAAAAUCCUUGGAUCCCUCCACCGGAGUGAGUGCUCUGAUGGAUAUCCUGCAGCAGGACCGCAGAGAGGCAGCAGAACAGAGGCAGGAGCUCUGUGACUUCAUCACCAAACUCCAGGGAGAGCUACAGAGAGCAGAGGAGCACAGAGACAAGCUGGAGUUGCAGUGGGAGCAGCUGCAGCUGAAGGUCAGGACUCUGCAGCUGGACUGGGAGACGGAGCAGAAAAGGAGCAUGUCCUAUUUCAACCAAAUCAUGGAACUGGAGAAGGAGAGAGACCAG